CGUCGCCCAGGCGCCCGCUGGCCACGCGCCGGCCGGCGUGGACGCCGUGGGCCGGUAGCCCCUGGCAUGGCGGGGAUGGGCUGCCUGCCGCGCGCUCGGGGUGCCGGCCUCUGAGGGCUGCCCUGGUGCCGGAGACAUGGACACCAACCUGCCGGGCACCUUCCUGCUCAGGCCCCUCGCUGGGCGCCUUCCCGAGGCCAAGGCACCUGUCUGCCAGUACUCGGUGCAGAGCUCCUUCUACAAGCUGGGUCCCCCUGGGCUGGGCGCCCAGCUGGCUGCCGGAACCCCGCACGGCAUCUCCGACAUCCUCAGCCGGCCCGCGGCGACGCCGAACAGCAGCCUCCUCCCCAGCUACCCCCACGCGGGCGGAUUUAAUGGACUGAGCUCCCCGGGCGUCUACUAUGGGCCCCAGGUGGGGACCCUUCCCAAGGCCCCCAGCGACUACCUGCCACGGGGCCGGAGCUGCUGGGCGGAGGCGGCCCCUGACUGGCGGGGCGGCCGGCAGUGCGGCGGCCCCCCCGCUCACCUGGCCGACAGCCUGCACAAGAAGAAGCACACACGUCCAACCUUCACGGGGCACCAGAUCUUUGCUCUGGAGAAGACUUUUGAGCAGACCAAGUACCUGGCAGGGCCCGAGCGGGCACGGCUGGCGUAUUCCCUCGGCAUGACGGAGUCCCAAGUGAAGGUUUGGUUCCAGAACCGACGCACCAAAUGGAGGAAGAAGAGUGCCCUGGAGCCCUCCUCAUCCUCGCAGCGGGCGGGGGGCUCUGGCGGAGAGCGGGCAGCCUCUGAGACUGAGGACGACGAGUAUAACAAGCCGCUGGACCCCGACUCAGAUGACGAGAAGAUCCGGCUGCUGCUGAGGAAGCACCGCGCGGCCUUCUCGGUGCUGGGCUUGGGGACGCACAGCGGCUGAGCACAGCCACGCCGGCACUGCCGGUCCCCGGGGCCAUGGGGUACCCGACCUGGCCCGGCCCGGCCCGGCUGCCUGCUUCAUGCCCCUUCAGACACCUGGCUGUGGAGAUGGGGCACAGCUGCCCCCCCCCCCCCCCUCCAUCCCCCCCAGCAGCUCCUGCCUGGGGCUCCUGACUCUGGGCUGGUUGCAGCAGGCAUGGGCAGCAGCAAGCACAGCUGUGCCAGCAGCACCGAUGAAAUAAAGGCCCCAGCCACAGCCAAGUCCCCCGUGCUUGCUUCAUGGGUGUGUGGUCUGGGGAUGCCCUCACGAGGCUGGGCUGGGGAGGGACUGGGAAGGCACCUAUGGGGUGGGAAGGGUCCAUGUGCCAGGCAGGGGAAGGGGCUGUGGCUGGGGUACUGUGCAUGGGGACAGGAAGGGAGUGGGGUAUCCCUGGGACCAUUUCCCAGGGUUUCUGCCCGCUUGGGCAUGCAUUUGCAGCAAGAGGUGCUGGUUCAAAAGUCACUUGUUAGGGCCUCUUGUUGGAACCUAUUAGCAGCGAAUAAAUAUCAUUUAUCUUAACGGUGUGAGUGAGAACCCAUUCACCUGUCAGGGCUGCAGGAUUGAUGCAGUGUCAAUAGCACCGACGUGUU